GAAAUCGAAUCGCGCUAUUUAAGUUUACAUAAAGAACUUUACUGAAGAUGGCGCGAUAAUCAGUAGAAGAGCGCUUUUACACGCGAACAGCUGUUUAUCAACAUUUGCAACAGCUGGAAGAAUUAAGCAAUUUGGUGUUAAGAGGUUACAAAGAUGUCGUUAAUAACUAAAAUUGGUGCACAUGUUUAUAAAAGCAGCUUACGUCUAUUGACUGCCGCUUCCAAUGUAAAGACUUCCGUCGUCAACUCAAAUAGCCGCACAUAUCACAUAAUGGCCAACUGUAGGACACUGGCAGCAAGCGGGCCGAUUGCAGUCACUAGCAAUAUCACUGCCACAAACACUGCAGUCGAAAGUGGACUUCAGCGUCUGCUCACACCAUUCAAUUCACUUUUAACUCAAGUCGCAGGUUUUAAGGUUAAGGGACGUCUGCGUCGGCGCUGCAAAGAUUGUUACUUUGUGGUGCGACAAGAGCGCCUCUAUGUAAUUUGUCCAACACACCCGCGUCAUAAGCAAAUGGCUAUGAAGAAGCGUGAAAAGAACACAUGGAUACUAACGCAUGCCACACAAUCGAAAGUGAGACCAUACUAAGUUGCUUAGUUGAGAGGAAAGUGCUACAAAAGUAGAUAGCUAUGUGUUAUUUAGAGAAACGCAUUAGAAAAUAAAGUAAAAAAGUUCAAAAGUG